AAACACAAACACUAACCUAAAUCCUGCAUUGUGGCAAAAGUUGUGGUCUGGUGGUAUAAGGCACAGGUAUAAGGUAUAAUUUCUAGUGAUAGUAGUUCUUCAACGAAUUAAAUACAAAUAUGCAAGGACCGCCUGGAAACUGGAAUUUCAGAAGACCUGGAGCUACCUGUACAGAAAAUAUGCAAUGGAAUCAAAACUUCCGACCUCGAGGACCACACGGAGGCAAUAUUCAAAAUUGUGACUACCAGCAUUGGUGUGAAACAUGCGACAAAGGAUUUGCUACAGCAACUUUUCUUGAAAACCAUAAACUCCAGCAUCAGAAAUGCAACAUAGAUGGAUGCCAAUUUGUUGCUCAUCCGAAAAUAAUUACAAAACAUAUUCAAAUGCAACAUUCAACUGGUAUCUUUAAAAGAAUAGCUAAGCUAAAUAAUCCUGAAGACAUUGAAAAAUGGAGAGAAGAAAGAAAAAGUAAAUAUCCUACAAUAGAAAAUAUUAAGAAAAAAGAAGCUGCAAUUAAAGAAAAAAUAAAUAGAGGUGAAAAGAUGGGAAUGAAAAACAACAGGAACAGAAAUGAUAAAACAGAAUUCCAUCAUAAAACCAAUCAAAGGCUUUCACAAACAGGCAGAGCAAAUUUCCCAGAAGGAAAACAUAAUAGAAAUAUUGCAAACAACAGAAAAAGAGAUGCAAUUGAUGUAACAAAAAAAUCUAACAUGUCUAAGAAAAUAUGUAAAGCAAGUCCUCUUGUAGAAGAGAACAGAACCUUAAAACCCUUUGCAGGCAUCGAAUCAUUGCAAAUUGAUGAUGAUUUAGAUGAAGAAAUUGAACCUGAAACUCAUUGCAGUGUUCCUAUAGAAGACGAUGAGGAUAUACAUAAUGCGUCAGACAGAGUACAAAAUGAAACAUCUGUUUCAGAACCAACCGUUUGUAGUGCAUUGACAUCUUUAAUGUGUUGCUAUGAAUCAUCUGAUGAGGAGGAUGUUAAAACAAAUACACAAAAAGAACUAAAGGAACUAUUAAAUGGUAAGGCUGAAUAUAAAGAUGAAAUGAAAUGCUUUAAAAAUAGUGAUAAAAUUAGCACUCCAGUUAAUGAAACUAAAAGCAGAGAAAAAACGAAUGAAAAAGUACCUGUAAACAACAAUGUUGAGUUAAAAGAUUCUGAAAGUAAAGUUACAAACUGUCAAGGGGCUAGUGAUGAUGAGAGUGGCCCUGAAGAAGUCAAAAUCAACAAAGAAGGUACCAAUUUGCCUGUUGAUGAUACUAAAAUCCUUAAGACAAGGCCAAUAAAAGAGUUGUCUGCUAAGAAAAUAAACAGACCAGCAGUUAAAAAACAUGAAUAUAGAAAAAGAAAUAAAUUACCAUCCACUCUUUUGGAGAAAUUAUUGCACAAAGAAAUACAACAUGAAAGAAAUGUAAUUCUGCAGUGUGUGCGAUAUGUUGUAAAAAAUAAAUAUUUUGACUAGCUAAAUCUGUAUCUGAUUAAUAAGUAUUCUAGUCUAUAAAAAUAAGAAAU